AUGGACGGGGCUUUCGAUGUCGCCAACCUGAAAGUGGACGAUUUGCGAGAUGAACUGAAACGGCGCAAGCAGAAAGAAGAACCGGAACCGGUUGCCGUCAAACGGUCCAGGUCUCGGUCUCCAAGGCGGUCACCUUCACGUGAACGUGAAAGGGAAAAGGAAAAACACCGAUCUCCUCCGAGACAUUCCCGAAACCAAAGUCUUUCUAUCGAUGAUGAAGCAGACGGCUGGGAACUAAAGGAGGACGUCUUCUUAGACGGUUAUAAUUGUGAUCUCAGUCUGUUGGUUGACAAAUCUGGCUACUCUGCUAAGCCGAUAACCACUGGUGGUUUUUCUCUGAUGUGGGCUGGAGUACGUGCAAAUUAUGGCAUCAGAAAGGGGAAAGUGUUCUUCGAGGCGCGUCUGCUCAAACAAAUCGCAGUCGAAAAUUUGGAUUCACUAUCUGGCGGUGCAACCCAUGUACUGCGGGUCGGAUGGUCUGCUGAGUCGACGGGCUUUGCCCUUGGUGAGGAACCACUCUCUUUUGGUUACGGAGGGACUGGGAAAAAGUCGUGUGAUAAUAAGUUCACCGAUUAUGGCUGUAAAUUUGGUGAAGGUGAUACUAUUGGAAGCUUUCUCGAAAUAACUGAUUCUGAGGCAGUUAUGAACUUUGCUGUGAACGGAGUUAACCAAGGCGAAUGUUUCCGGGUGCCACUUUCAUCGCUCGGUAGCGAGCCGGUGCUUUUUCCCCACAUUUACGUGAAAAAUGUCGAAUUUUCCGUGAACUUCGGUCAAAAUGAUAUGCCGGCUUGGUUUGCACCACCCUUCGAAGAUCCGGCUUCGUGGAAAAUCAUGAACGAGACCGCCACCGCGGACCGCCAACACAAGGAAAAACAAUUUAAUAUGCUGGGCACGAAUCUUAUCUUGGACAAGAUGAAGGUCUCUGGUCUCAACAGGAAACGGAACUACGCUGGACGCUGGGAUGUCUUAAUCGAGAAGGCAACUCAGUGUUUAAAUAAUUUAAUAUCGCUUGCAUGCAAGCGUCGCAGAAACUACAUCCUUGACCAGACAAAUGUCUAUCCGUCUGCACAGCGUCGUAAAAUGCGCCCUUUUGAGGGUUUUCAACGGAAGGCAAUUGUUAUCGUUCCCACAGACGAAGAAUUCAGACGGCGGAUUACCCAGCGCGAAAAAGAAGAGGGCAAAGAAGUGCCUGAGAAUGCGGUACUCGAAAUGAAAGCUAAUUUCGAAAUACCGAAGCCUUCGAGUGAAGAUCCAUCCAGCCCGUUUGAUGAUGUAAUUUUCACCGAACUGCGACGGGAGGAAGCUGAAGAGCUUGUGAAAAAGUAUAACGUCGAAGGCCGCUCCAAUCGACCUCCACCAGAAAAGCGGCAGCGAAUGGACCACCCUCGUGAUCAUGGUCGAGAAAGUCGUUUUAGUGACCGCGACAGGAGUGACCGCUCACGACCUGACGGCUACAGUCGGUCACCUACUUACCGCGAUAAUCGUGAUCGUCGAGAUACGAGAGGUGGCUACGACAGCUAUCGGGACCGCAGUGACGAUCGAAAUAGGUUUGGCCGUGGUCCGCCCGGAAGAGAUCAUGGUGACAGUUAUGGCAGAGGUGGAAGAUUCGGGUCAAGCGGUCCUGACGCACGAUUCGGCCGCGGUCCCUAUGGGGGUGAUCGCCAGAUGGGUCCACCGCCAUACGGCGCGUAUCCCAGUGGCCCAGGCCCUCGUGGGAGA